AUGAAUGAGCUGAAAAUGGAAGGAGCCUGCAUUUAUAAUGUCAUCAUGAACAGCCAUAACAGCUCAUGCUGCCACUCUAUAUUUGACAUGAUCACGGCGUACCAUGGCCAGGGCCAGAGAGUGCAGAGGGUUAUGGUACUGCCCACCAACGUCAUCUUCAGAUACUUACAAAAUAGAUCAUGGAUUCAGGUGUGGCUCUAUGAGCAAGUGAAUAUGUGGAUAGAAGGCUGUAUCAUUGGUUUUGAUAAGUAUACGAAUCUUGUAUUAGAUGAUGCAGAAGAGAUUCAUUCUAAAACAAAGUCAAGAAAACAACUGGGUUGGAUCAUACUAAAAGGAGAUAAUAUUCCUCUGCUACAAAGUGUCUCCAACUAG